GUGUAAGGAAGCGUCUAUUUUAUUAUGUCUAGCGCUUUGGACGGGUAGCGCUCCGGUAACCUAACCUUUAUCUACACUAGUAGCCCUAGUGAACAUCAAAGGCGGAUCCUAGUAAUAAGAAGCUUAACUAAGGAGAUUUAGACAGGGAGAUGGCGCUUGACGCCAAAUAUCUGCAGGGCCUAAAGCCCGAGUUGGCUCAAGUGAUUAGUUGCGUAGCAUCGUUAGUGUCAGAUAUAUCGGUCAUCCUCCGGUCAGCGAGUGCAGGCUACAGUGGAAGCACGAACGCUUUCGGGGACGACCAACUGGAGGUCGACGUGCAAGUGGACCGCUUGAUCUUCGAGCGGCUAGCAAGUUGCAAUGCCGUACAGGGCGCAGCCAGCGAGGAACAGCCAGAGUUUAAGGAGCUGCCCGGCAGCGGCUACACGGUCGUGUUUGAUCCCCUGGACGGCAGCAGCAUCAUGGGCGCGAAUUUCGCAGUGGGGACAAUCUUUGGGAUCUGGCCAGGUGGAAAUCCCGUGGGCCUUGCCGGCCGGCAACAGGCAGCAGCAGCGUACGCGGUUUACGGCCCACAGACAAUACUAGUGCUGGCUCGGCCUCGAGAGCACUCCACUCCUGCAGCAGCGCAUGCGCCCAACGGCGCUGAGGAGGUAGUGGCACCCAACGGAAACGCGCAGCAACCACAACCGCAACCAAACGACUCGCAUGACUCCGGUGCUGGAUGCAACAACAGCACCGGCGCUGACACCACCAGCACCACUACCACCACCAGCAUGGUUUGCAGCUCCGCUAACGUGCGGUCAACUCAUGAGGUGCAGGAGUUCCGGUUGCAAGCCGACGGCGCAUGGCGCCUGCACCAAUCGGACGUGACCAUAGGUCCCGUCAGCCGCACGUUUGCGCCUGCCAAUCUGCGGGCGGCGGCGGGGAACAAAGAGUAUGCGGCGCUGGUGCAGCGGUGGAUCGAGGCGUCGUUCACAUUAAGAUACACGGGCGGCAUGGUUCCGGACGUGCAUCACAUCCUUGCCAAGGGCAGCGGCGUCUUCUGCAACCCAUGCUCGGAGGCGGCUCCUGCGAAGCUGCGGCUGCUGUUCGAGUGCGCUCCGCUGGCGUUUGUGGUGGAGGCAGCAGGCGGCAGCAGCACGACGGGUCAGUGCUCCGUUCUCGACGUCGUUGUGCGGACACCCAACGACCGAUCCAAGAUCUGCCUUGGAUCCUGUCAGCUAGUGGAGGAGAGCUUGGCAGCCAUGCAGGCUGCGUGACGCAGACGGGCCUUGGCAAGCAGGCAGGCAGGCAGGAGGGAAGGAGAGUUCAAAGGACAGGAGUGAGUUAGAAAGGCAGUCAUGCCACGUUGCAACUUGCAAGCACAUCAGUUAUUAGGUAUCAGGCCUUCGCGGGUAAAAGGCUCCUGCGGGCUGUCCGGCAGCAAACACCCUUGCGGUGUAGCCUCAAGGUCGAGGAGGCAACAAGGGGAUUUGGCGUUUGGGCGGAGGGGCUAAGGGGACAGGGCAGCAGGGCUGGGCAGGCUGGCGGUUGCGUCGCUGAAGGGUAGUGGUUUGCAAGAGAGCUGGAUGGUCGCCGGUAGCCUCGGAGGGAAUGGGUCCUUGAGAGCAAGAACAGAUACCCAACAAGGCAAUAGGAGGGGUACUGGCUGCGAGCAUCCGGUAGCGCGCGUCGUUACGUAGGGUGGGGUCUUUGACGUUUUGCCCAGAUUGCCUAGCUCGCCUGUACGCCCGCUGAAAGGGGGCAAGUGGGCGACACGACCUGGCUGCAAGCUGUCGGUCAUGGGCAGUGCAUGUGACGGGUAUUGGUGACACGAGUCAUGUACAUGCGUUUUCUUUCCGUCCUGAGGUUCUGUGUGCAUUGAAGAAGAUGGCGGGUCAGGUUGCUACAGGGUAUUUGGUUGGAUGGGUGGACUCUGAGCGAGUGUUGGGUGAGGUGAUGAAUACCAUGAUAGCUGAACAUUCCCUUGGGUGCAUGUUAUGAUGCACUUACGGUACUGCAGGUGGGUGGCGCAGGUCUUGUGUUUGAAGAGUACAUAUUGAGGUAUCGGUUGUAGCUAUAACAGGCAGGAUGCAGCACCCGGUUUGUGGAUACUGGGAAACUCAAGUACAUGUUGGAGAUGAAGAUAGCUGCGCGUCCCCGCUUGCAGCAACUUACAACUUAACCCGGCUCUGGCAAGGCGGCUCAGAGAUUGGAG